CUGAAUGAGGGCAAUCCCUAUGAAACGUUAUUCUCACUAAUCGGCAAAGCAGUUACGCCUUACUUCAAGUCUUUCAUCAAAGAGAGCGGUCGAGGUGAACGUGACGGUGACAAAUUGGCACCAACAGUUGAAAAGAAUCUCAAUGAGGCUGAGGUUGCCUUGCUACAUCUUCAACAAAACAUUGACAUUCCUGAAAUUAACCUUGUAAUCAAUCCACAUAUCCAAGCUGCAAUUCAGAAAGCUAACAAAGAAGGCAGAAAGGCAAAGGUAUGUGGAUUUUUCAUUUUUUGA